AUGAGUGAAUCAGAAUCAAAUCAAGAUACUUCCUCAUCAGUAAAUGCGUUCAUGAAUAGCAAUAAUACAACAGUACUAUCAUCUGAUGUUAUUCAACCACGACGGCGGAUGGUUCGAAACUAUUCACUCAUCUGGUUAGAUGAAAGUAUGGACGAAACAAACGAUGUUUUCCAAAAUAACUUGGCCCAAUUACGAACUGUUACUAACGAUGUCAAUGUUUUUAAGCAACGAGAUGAAUGCAUUGACUUUCUCACAGAUUGUCCAGACAUCAAGUGUUUUCUUGUUGCCGAACAUACUAUAACUCAACAAAUAAUGCCCCUCAUCAAUGAUAUUCCUCAGCUGCAUGGUAUGCAUCGCUUCAGUAACAAUAAAUCCUUACAUGAAGAAUGGGCAACAAAAUGGCGAAAAAUUAAGAGCGUUCAUAUCAACAUCGAUGACUUAUGCGAAGCAUUACGUUUAGAUAUCAAGAAAUGCAAUCGAGAUUCGAUUGCAAUGAGUUUUGUCACAGCAAAUCACAUGGAGCCGACUGGUAAUUUAAAUCAGUUGGAGCCAACAUUUAUGUACACCCAAAUAUUCAAGGACAUUCUUCUUGAUAUGAAACAUGGUAAACAAGCCAUCAAAGACUUUACUGUCUAUUGUCGAAAUACUAACAGCGUAUCACCAAUCAAUAUUGACCGUUUUGAGAAAGAAUACCAUGAUCAAUUAGCUAUUUGGUGGUAUACUUUUCCAUCCAAUAUCUAUUCAAUGCUCAAUUAUGCCCUUCGCUCUAUGGAUGGCGAUACUAUUAUUAAUAUGGGAUUUUUCAUUCAUGAUCUUCACCAACAAAUCAAAGGACUACAUCAACAACAAGUGCAUAGUUAUCAUGCCAAACCAUUCAUCGUUUAUCGGGGACAAGGUUUAUCCAAAGCAAUUUUCGAAAAACUGCAAAAGACAAAAGGUGGUUUAAUAUCUUUCAACAACUUUUUAUCCACUACUACGGAGAAAGACAUAGCUCUUGGACUUGCUUAUAGCGCGUCAGAAAACGUGGACAUGGUUCGCAUUUUCUUCAUAAUGUCCAUUGAUCCUUGUAUUAAAUCAACACCAUUUGCCUCCAUCAAAAAGGAGAGUUAUUUCAAGGAAGAAGCAGAAAUUCUCUUCUCAAUGCACACCGUAUUUCGGGUGGGUGCAACUAAACAAAUAGACAAUGAGAAUGAACUUUAUCAAGUUGAAUUACAACUAACGUCGGAUGAUGACCAACAACUACGAUUACUUACUGAUAGAAUACGAGAACAAGCUAGUGGUGGUACUGGAUGGCAGAGAUUGGGUAACUUAUUGUUAAAAAUUGGUCAAUUUAAUAAAGCUGAAGAACUUUAUAACGUAUUACUCGAACAGACAUCGAAUGAGGGUGAAAAAGCGCAUUAUUAUAAUCAGCUUGGAACUGUCCACUUGUAUCAAGAUGAUUAUGAAAAGGCUAUUUGGUACUACGAAAAAGCACUUGAAAUUCAAGAAAAAACUCUUCCUUCAAAUCAUCCUGGUUUGGCUACUUCAUACAAUAACAUUGGUAGUGUGUAUAACGCCAUGGGACAGUAUUCAAAAGCACUUUCAUUUUACGAAAAAGCACUUGAAAUUUGGCAAAAAACCCUUCCUUCAAAUCAUCCUUCAUUGGCUACUUCAUAUAACAACAUCGGUAGUGUGUAUGACAACAUAGGAGAGUACUCUAAAGCACUUUCAUCUUACAAAAAAGCACUUGAAAUUCAAGAAAAAACUCUUCCUUCAAAUCAUCCUUCAUUGGCUACUUCAUACAAUAACAUUGGUAGUGUGUAUAACAAGAUCCGAGAGUACUCGAAAGCACUUUCAUCUCACGAAAAAUCACUUGAAAUUCGAGGAAAAACUCUUCCGUCAGAUCAUCUCGAUUUCGCACAAUCAUACAACAACAUUGGUAGUGUGUAUGUCGGCAUGGGAGAGUACUCUAAAGCACUUUCAUCUUACGAAAAAGCACUUGAAAUUCAAGAAAAAACUCUUCCUUCGAAUCAUCCUGAUUUGGCUACUUCAUACAGCAGCAUCGGUUUGAUGUAUGACAUGAUGGGAAAGUACUCAAAAGCAUUUUCAUUUUGUGAAAAAGCACUUGAAAUCUGUCAAAAAACUCUUCCUUCAAAUCAUCCUUCAUUGGCUACUUCAUAUAACAACAUCGGUUUGGUGUAUAACAACAUGGGAGAGUACUCUAUAGCACUUUUAUCUUACGAAAAAGCACUUGAAAUUUAUCAAAAAACUCUUCCUUCAAGUCAUCCUGAUUUGGCUACUUCAUACAAUAACAUUGGUAGUGUGUAUAACGCCAUGGGACAGUAUUCAAAAGCACUUUCAUUUUGUGAAAAAGCACUUGAAAUCUGUCAAAAAACUCUUCCUUCAAAUCAUCCUUCAGUGGCUACUUCAUACAACAACAUUGGUGGUGUGUAUGACAACAUAGGAGAGUACUCUAAAGCACUUGCAUCUUACGAAAAAGCACUUGAAAUUCAAGAAAAAACUCUUCCUUCAAAUCAUCCUGAUUUGGCUACUUCAUACAACAACAUCGGUAGUGUGUAUCACAGUAUGGAAGAGUACUCGAAAGCGCUUUCAUUUUACGAAAAAGCACUUGAAAUUGAAGAAAAAACUCUUCCUUCAAGUCAUCCUGAUUUGGCUACUUCAUACAACAACAUCGGUUUGGUAUAUAAAAAUAUGAAAGACUAUUCGAAAGCACUAUCAUAUUAUGAAAGUGCUCUGGACAUAUUACAACGUGCAUUACCUCCAACUCAUCCUAAUAUAAAAACUGUGAAGAACAAUAUUGAAAUUCUAAAAAAGAACUUCUAA